GUGAACACAGCUGCACAAUAACAAGUAAAUCUACUGCUAAUCGAAAACAAUCUAUAUGUGGGGAUACACUGAGGAUAACUCAAACAUUAGGCUGUUUUCGGGGUGGGUCUCUUCCUAAUGUAUCAGGCGCACAGACUCCCGAGGAAUCAGCAUACUCGCAGCCUGACGAUAUAACGCUGGCGCAGUUUGGUCUGGCAUCGAUACAAACUCAUGAAUGUCUUACUUCACCUUGCUCUCCGACUUCUACAAAGCAUCCACUGCACCAAGCACAACAAUAUCAUCAGCAAAGAGAAUCUCGAUCUAGAGGUAAUAUAGGACCCAUGCGAGCACGACCUGCAGAGCGAAAGGUUGAUACGUCACCAUAUGGUGGAUCAUAUUUAAGCCCUCCGCCGGGAGAUGGUGCCUGGCGAAGAGCUAGCUCCGAUAGCGCCCUGCACCAAAGUGUUGUUCAAGCAGGUUCUCAGGAAAGUUUGGGCUUGCAUCACUCUCUAUUGACGAAUUCUACACAACCCCGUCGUGAUACCUAUUUUGAGCACUCGGUUCAACCACCUAUGGACGGCAGGCCUCGAUCAUCCUGUGAAGUUCCACGAGUUCCAGGAAUUAGUAUAUAUCCAACACAUGAUUCUGGCACACUUCAAAUUCCCAUUGGAAAUAAUACAGGUUCUUUACCUGAUCUCACAAGUGUUCAUUUUCCUUCGCCAUUGCAUACAUCACAUGACCAAGAAGAAGUGCAGCAUAGUGGCUCUCCAUAUAAUUCGAAUCAUUUGUCAGUCCCUGUUAACCAUAGAUACUCGCAACGCACCAAGGCUUCGCACGAGAAUUCAUUUCAAAGUUGUUCAAGUCCUAAUGAUAUAAACUCAGGGAGACGGCAUAAUCUUUUUUGCGGGCAAACGAGUCCUAGAAAUACAUCUCACGUUUUAUAUGGAUCUCAUGGGAACUUAAAUAUGUCGCAACAAUCACCAAAGAUGAGUGCUGUAGGUGUCGGAGGUUAUCGUAGUCCUGGUUUGCGUCCUAGUCCUGGUUCGAGUCCUGGCGCUACCGGUGGUGAUAGUGGUGGCGGUGGAAUUUCUACAGACCAUAGCGCUCCUUGCAGCCCGCGUGAGGCUGUGCAUAGCGCUCCGUAUGUUCGCGGUACUUCUUAUCAUGGGGGUGAAGAUGGAUUUCUUCUUACACAAAUGGCGCUGCAGCAGCAUUUUGAGCAGUGUUCCAUGGACUGGGCACAACUGGUUCAAUGUCUUCUAGAGUCGGGGUGUACAUGGACUUCGCAAGUUCAGGUACACCAGAAACCAGAAGCCUUAGUUUAUUUUGUUCUCUAUAUU